AUGGACUCCAUACUGCUGACCCCAAAGCUACUGAAUGGCAAAAAACACAUGCAGUUGCCCAGCCGGAGUGCUGUGGCUUGCAGCCUGAAUCCAGCUACGAUGGAAAAGAUCAUCCUUUUCGAGGACAGAAACUUCCAGGGCCGCUCCGUUGAGUGCAGCAGCGACCGUCCGGAUUUGCAAAGUCACCUCAGCCGCUGUAACUCCGUCCGCGUGGAAAGUGGCUGCUUCAUGCUCUAUGAACGUCCCAACUUCCAGGGACAGCAGUUCUUUGUGAAACGGGGGGAUUAUCCUGACAUGCAGUCUGAGGGUUUCAGCACCUCCAUUAAGUCCUGCCGGAUGAUCCCACCUCACAGGGGCACCUACAGGAUAAAGAUCUAUGACAAGGAAGAUCACAGAGGCAACAUGGUGGAGUUAACUGAGGACUCUCCAAGAGUCAUGGACCAGCUACGCUCCCCCGAGAUGCUCUCUUGUUCUGUGCUGGAGGGGCACUGGAUCCUUUAUGAAUUGCCGAAUUACAGAGGCCGCCAAUACCUGCUGAGGCCAGGGCAGUACAGGAGAUUCAGCGAGUGGGGCGCUAUGAGUGGCAGAGUCGGCUCUUUGAGACGUGCCACUGAUCUCUACUGA